UGACACAACGGGGCAGUUGCCCACACUGUGCAGAGCGGGUGGUCACCCCCAUCAUGGACCUGGCUGGCAUCGUCACUGUCAUCCUUAUUAUCUACCUGUCCUACCUUGUAGUUGUGUCAACUAAGAGGAAAAUAUCGUGCAAGGGGAAGUUACCCCCGGGACCCACUCCCUUGCCUGUGAUCGGGAAUUUCCUACAGCUCAAGUCAUCAGAAACCUUGAAAUCCCUCCUCAAGUUGUAUGAUAAAUAUGGCCCAGUGUUCACUGUCUAUUUUGGAAAUCGUCCAAUUGUGGUCUUAUGUGGACAUGAUGCUGUGAAGGAGGCCCUGAUAGACAAGGCAGAAGAAUUCAGCGGAAGGAAAACCAUGCCUACGUUGCAAAGGACCUUCAACGAUUAUGGGGUGGUGUUUGCCGAAGGAGAACGCUGGAAACAGCUGCGCCGUUUCUCUCUCACCAUCUUGAGGAAUUUUGGCAUGGGGAAGAAAAGCAUUGAGCAGCGCAUCCAGGAGGAGGCUCAGUUCCUGCUGGAGGAAUUUCGUAAGACCAACGAGAAGCCUUUCGAACCCACCUUCUUCCUCAGCCGGGCUGUCUCCAAUGUGAUCUGCUCCAUUGUCUUUGGUAACCGCUUUGACUAUGAGGACAAGGAGUUCCAGGACCUGAUGAAGAUGAUGAACGACGCCUUCCGAGAGAUGAGCACAGCCUGGGCUCAGUUCUACGACAUAUAUGCCAGCUUCUUGAAGUACUUUCCGGGGCCCCACACCAAGAUCUAUGACAUCCUGGAAGACAUGAGAGUCUUCAUUGCCAGAAGAGUGAAGAAGAACAAGGAGACCCUUGACCCCAACGCCCCUCGUGACUUCAUCGACUGCUUCCUCAUCCAGAUGGAAAAGGAGAAAGACAACCCAUCCAGCGAAUUCAGUGUCAAGAACAUGGAACUCACCACGCUCAACUUGUUCUUUGCUGGGACGGAAACGGUCAGCUCCACCCUGAGAUACGGCUUCCUGCUCCUGAUGAAAUACCCCGAGGUGCAAGCAAAGAUGCAUGAGGAAAUUGACAGAGUGAUUGGCCAGAACCGUGUCCCAAACAUUGAAGACCGGAGCCAGAUGCCAUAUGUGGAUGCCGUCAUCCAUGAAGUGCAGAGGGUCAGUGACCUCAUCCCCAUGAAUGUGCCCCACGCGGUGACCCGUGACACAGAAUUCAGAGGCUACAUCAUUCCCAAGGGAACAGAAGUCUUCACCAUACUCAACUCUGUCCUGCAUGACCCCACAAAGUUUAAAAGCCCAAAUGCUUUUCACCCAGGGAAUUUCCUGGAUGAGAACGGACGUUUCAAGAAGAACGAUGCUUUCGUGCCAUUCUCCUCAGGGAAGCGGAUAUGCCUCGGGGAAGCCUUGGCCCGGAUGGAGCUCUUCCUCUUUUUCACCACCAUCCUGCAGAGCUUCCAGCUCAAGUCCCCUCUAGCCCCCCAGGACAUUGACCUCACCCCCCAGGAGAGUGGCUUUGCCAACAUCCCCCCCUUCUAUCAGCUCUACAUCCUCCCCCGUUGAGGGGAGAGAGGCCUGGAGACCAAAUGCAGAACGUCUUCUCUCCCUCCCUGCUGUGCUCUGGCACAAGCUGCCUUCCGCAGCUGCACAGGGAGAGGGGUGGGCUCUGGUUCCCUUUCCUGGCUCUCACCAGGGACUUUUAAAGGGGUGGUUUCCAGUUUUUCAGGUCAAAUUAAGCCUUGUUCCCACAAGUGGAUUGGGCUGCCUUUGGAAGGCGCCCAGGCAGGAAGCUCUUGCCAUUGCUGCAGCCCUUCCUAUCCCUUGCUGAACGUGACGGUCUUGGGUCCCUCUUGAAUUUAUCCUCUUUGUAAAAUAAUGUUAUGGAUGUGUGUUAAGCCUGGAAAUUAUACCUUUGUAAAAAACAUAA